AUGGAAGAAGAGAUGAGGAAGUUGAUGGAGGAGGAGGAGGAGACAUCAUCAUUAUCAUACAUUGGGCAGGCUAGUGAUGAUGAUGAUGAUGAUGAUGAUGAUGGGGGAGAAGAAGAGGAAGAGGUUGAGAGUAAGAGGAGGGACUGCUUGACUUCUUUGGUUGAGCUUCACAUGUUUCUUCCCAUCAAGAGAGGCUUAUCAGACUUCUUUGAAGGAAAAUCAAGGUCAUUCAAAUGCUUAUCAGACCUCAAUAUUGCUGCUGCAACUGCUGAAGUCCUUGCCAAACCUGAGAAUCCAUACAACAAGAGAAGAAGACUUCUCAACAGUCACAAGAGAGCUCUCAAUAGUUUAAACAAGAAGAAAUAUUCCUGCAAGUCCCCAUCCCAGCAAGCACAAGAAGCACAGGGUGUUGUUGCUGAAGAAAACAAUGGAGGAAGACCAGAAGUAACCAAGCCACUCAUUCUCUCUGACCUUUGA